UAGACAGCGAAAAUACAACGGUAGCUAGAAACCGAAAAUCAGAACUGGAGUGGAGAGUGGAGACUAAAGUAUUGUAAACCUCUACGAUCAACAAUGACGGCUCGUCAAAGAUGCUUUAUGAUUUUGUUCUUUCUAAUGGUUGUCGUUUACUUUGAGGACGUAGAAAGUCAGUCUUGCCAACCGUUAGCUGGAACGACCAAGAAAUGCGCUUGCACAUACCAGGACGGGAGUACCGGUACCUCAAAAUUUAUAGACUUCACUCCACUGGCGAAUGCAGCGGGCCAGGGCCCGCAUUCCCAUACAAGGAUGUACAAAGUGAAGAUUACAAGUAUGCAUACAACCCAUGCUUUCCAUUUUCUGACGAAUUUUGCCAGGACACAGCAGCAUGCCAGGUAUCACAAGAUGAGAAGUACAUUUACCCAAUUGGUGACCCAUCUAGUGUGUCGUACACAGUAGAUCCCGAUAAUUCAGAUAUUGUCAUCACAUACGCUCCAGUGAGUGAGAGGUCAGCUGUUGUUAAUUUUCAUUGUGAUGCAACUGCACUGACGCAAGCAACAUACACUCCCCUUGGUGAACAAGGUUCUGAUUUUAAAUUUACAAUAGGUACCUGCCUUGCGUGUCUAACUGAUAUACCAAACUGUCAUUCUAUUUCUCCAACUUCUCCACCAGGAGGGGGAGACUCGUUUAUUGGAGGAGCUUUAUGUAUUACGUUUACAGUACUAGUGGUUGUGUACGUUGUCGGGGGAAUCCUCUUUCAAAAAUUCCAUCGAGGUGCAACGGGAAAAGAAUUGAUUCCAAACUAUGCUUUCUGGACAGACUUCCCAAUUUUAGUAAAGGAUGGUUUCAUGUUUCUCAUUGGACUCUGUAGAGGAGGAAGCAGUGGAUCAGAUUAUGAAAGUAUUAAAUAAAACAGACUUCACUUACAUGAAUGAUAUCAACAGUGCUUCUCUAAUCAUCACAGUACUUCUGUAAUAACUACUUAUAAUCAUACCAUUAACAUGGCAACAGCUCUCCAGGACUUGGCUCCACAACAAUACCUCUUCCAUAAAGCAGAAAGAGACAAAUUCUUGGACCUGGUUCUACAAAUCAUCAUGUGCCUAACAUCUUUAACAAAUCCUGUAUGUGACCUUAAAAGUGUAGUGAAACCAGCCCGUAGUUGCUGUCUUCCAAUUGGUGUAACUUGGUAACUGACUUCAUACACCCCACCUAAAUCUAAGUGACCAAAGUAAUCAAGGUUUGUAAGACAAGCGAAAGAUAAGGGUCAGUAAUAAACUGGUACGUCUCUAUAAAUUUUACCCAAGAUAAGAACUCGGUCAUAUGCUUCUGCGACAACUGCUCCUGUCUUAUUUUUUUCAGAGGGCAUAGGAUUAGGAUUAGAGAUAGGAUUGUAAUGGAGUUUUUGUUUCGAAUAAAGAUUAGAGUAUUGGAGGUUAGGUUUUAUGUUUGACUUCAUGUGUAGAUUUUCCAUCGGAGCAA